AUGGUUUUCCUGCUCUGUUUCCUCCCAGGGGCCCUGCUCAAACCCUCCCUCAGGGCCGAGCCAGGUCCUGUCAUCCCCCGGGGAGGGCCUGUGACCUUCCUGUGCCGGGGCCCAGUGGGAGCUAAGUCAUUCCGCCUGGAGAAAGAUGGAAGAACUGUAAGCUCUGAUCAGAAGCAUGUGUCUCAAGAUGGUUCGCAGGGGACAGAGGCCAGAUUCCACUUCCCCUCUGUGAGUGAAGACAUUACUGGGCGUUAUAGCUGCCUCUACCAACAUGUGUUUGAUAUCUGGUCUGGGCUCAGUGAGAGCCUGGAGCUGCAGGUGACAGAGGAGGACUACUCCACUCCACCCACAGGCCCCACCUCCCGGGAUUACACGGGGGGCCUGGCGGGCAUGGUCUUGCUGAUCCUGGUGGCCAUUCUGGUGGAAGCUGGGCUCAGCCAGCGCAGGGCCCCACAGGGACCACAGGAGUAA